AUGAGUAGCUCUAAAAGAAGGAUCGAGACGGAUGUUAUGAAACUCUUGAUGAGUGAUCAUCAGGUGGACUUAAUCAAUGAUAGCAUGCAAGAAUUUCAUGUAAAAUUCUUGGGACCAAAGGACACACCGUAUGAAAAUGGUGUUUGGAGGCUACAUGUGGAACUACCUGAUAACUAUCCGUACAAGUCACCAAGCAUAGGGUUCGUCAAUAAGAUAUUUCACCCUAAUAUUGACAUCGCGUCUGGGUCUAUAUGCUUGGACGUAAUUAAUUCUACAUGGUCUCCUCUAUAUGAUUUAAUAAAUAUAGUGGAGUGGAUGAUACCGGGCUUGUUGAAGGAACCCAACGGUAGUGAUCCCUUAAAUAACGAAGCUGCCACACUACAAUUACGAGAUAAAAAACUGUAUGAGGAAAAGAUAAAAGAGUAUAUAGACAAGUAUGCCACAAAGGAAAAGUACGAACAGAUGUUUGGUGCGGAUGAUGAUAACGACGAUAUUGAUAGCGAUGGUGACUUACAAGAGGACAGUUCCGAUGAAGAUAUGGAUGACACUGGUGUUUCCAGUGGCGGUGAUAGCGUGGAUGAGUUAAGUGAGGAUCUGAGUGACAUCGAUGUCAGUGAUGACGAUGAAAACGACGAAGUUGCAGUCUAG